AUGGUGAUGAAUGGGCAGAGAGGGUUGGUUAACUACACACAGAGCCUGAAAGCGAGAUCAUCAGAGCUGAAGCGCUUCAAUUCCACCAAAGGUAUUCAUGUUCAACAGAGGCUGGCUGGGUGUGAGAUGUCGGACAAUGGAGAACCGGCACUUUAUGCAGAUUUAGCAAUAUAUUCCAACAUGACACAUUAUUCAUACAAUUCUGGAAACCUCCUGCCGCCAUGGAGUAAGGUGCAUCAAACAAAUGUAAAAGGCCUUUAUCAGACCAUUUACCUGAACAUUUGUAUGGACACUUUAAAAACGUUCCUGGAGAAAGAGAAGAAAUGUAUAAUGCAUAAAGUGCGUCCCAGAGUCAGGCACAUCCAGAAAGCCAUGUCGGACGGGUCCAGCAGUCUGGCGAUUGGUUUCUAUCCCCGCCACAUCGGUCAGCCAAUAGCAGAACAGGCUUUGAAUAGGGGGCAGCUGCUGCCCAAUGGAGACGACACGUAUCAGCUGAGGAAGAGUCUGGAGGUCAGUACAGAGGAACUGAGAGAGAGACGCAACUACACCUGCACUGCCUCCCACCUCAGUCUGGACAACAAGCUGGAUGUCAGCUGGGUACCUGAGUCUGGAGCAGACAGAUCUACUAUCCUGUCAGCUCUACUGGUAAUGGUGUCCAUAACUAUUCUAAUCUGCAUUUCCGUUUGCCUAAGGAGGAGAAGAGAGGCUGGCUCCCAGACAUUGUCACAGCUCUCCAAACCCUGUUGA